UAAUUCUAUUGUUUAUUCAAUAAAGUGAUUAUCAUUUUAACUUAUUUGUAAAAUAUAGAAUGAUGAAUGAACAAUUGAAUGAAGAUGCAUUGAAUGAACAUAAUCGAUUACGUGCAUUACAUGGAUGUCCUCCAUUGAAAUAUGAUUCAAGACUUGCUAGAGAAGCACAAGCUUGGGCUGAUAAUCUUGCACGUAUGAAAAUUCUGAAACAUAGUAUAUGUGAUGAAUAUGGUGAAAAUUUGGCAACAUCACAAUCUAUUGGGAAAGCGGAAUUGACCGGGGCUCUAGCAACACAAAACUGGUACAAUGAAAUUCAUGAUCACAAUUUUGAUAAACAAUUUCAAAGUCAAACAGGUCAUUUUACGCAGGUUAUUUGGAAGAAUACAUCAAAAGCAGGAUUUGGCAUUCAACAUUCAAAUGAUGGACAUCAUGUAUAUAUAGUAGGACGUUAUGAACCAGCUGGGAAUGUAUAUGGUCAAUUUCAAGAAAAUGUACCUCGACCUAUCCGUGAACAGUCAACUCCGAAAUCCAAAGAAUUUUCUUACAAACAUGAUGAACGAAAUGGUCCAAGAAGAACCUAUCGAGAUGAAAUAGUUAUUGUUCGAGAGACAGAUAGAAGAGACAACAAUGGUUCAAAUCAUAUUACAAUGGUAGAUAGUUCUAAACGAAACUGGCCAAAUGGAACGACGCCAAAUAGUAACAAUGAACGUACAAUUCGAACAGAGAAGAAACGUCAACGAAAAUGUGCGAAGAGGUGUAGUAUCAUGUAGUUAACAAGUGGUUUCAAUAUACAACCAAAAAAGUGAUAAUAAUUAUAAUUUGUUAUAUGUUAAUAUAGACUAACUCAUAACUUCACAUGGAUUAUAAUGUCAAUGUUUCGAAAGAUUUAUUCGACAGAAGAAUUGACAAGAUAAUCUUUUACAAUGAUUGUAAUAAAUGAUAAAAAGGAGCAAUCAAAGUUUUGUUGCAUUAAAGUGAUCUUUUCAAGCAGUUAAAAAUGGAAUUAAAGAUUUUAAAUGUGAUUUGCAUUUCUUAACUUCAUUUUUCUCCUGUCUGCUUUUUGUAUAUUAUGCUACACUACUUUUAAAAUAUUCAGUAGUUUAGAAUAUGUACUGUUUUUUUCUGAAGUGUAAUAUAAUUCAUACCUCUUUAUCUAUUCGACAUUUAUUUUCCAUAUUGAUUAGCAAUUUUUAAACAAAUUUUAUCUUCUGUUUUAAGGGUUU